AUGGGCCACUCCAACUCGAAUAUUGAGCCUCUUCUGGCUGGCAGUCCACGGCACGUGAUACACGCCUGCCAAACUCCCUCAUCUCGAGGGUCGUUGUCCUAUACCGACCGCUUGGUCCUUCGACAGGAUCUGCUCCACGAAAAAGAUGCCUUUGUCACCAACAUCCCCAAGGUCGAGCUGCACUUGCAUUUGGAAGGAACCCUCACUGCGGAGCUGCGCUGGAAACUAGGCAAGAAGAACGGCGUCCCUCUGGGCUUGAAGCGCGGCGGUACUUACAAGGAGUUCGAGACACUGGAGCAGCUGAAGAGCUCCUAUGCCCUAAUCCAGCCGCGACCUGGCCACGGCUUUGACCAUGCCGAAGAGCGCUUCACCUUCUUCGAGGCCUACUACACCGGCUUCGAAGUCCUGAUCACGAGCCAGGACUUCUAUGAGUUGGCGAUGAAUUACUUCGAGCGUGCCGCAACCAUGAACGUGCGCUAUUGCGAGCCCUUCUUCGAUCCCCAGGGUCACACAAGGAGAGGCGUAGCGUUCGAACCGGUGAUUGACGGGUUGCGAAGAGCGCAGAUCGAGGCACGGGAGUCGCUCCACGUUGAGUCCAAAUAUGCCAUAUGCUUUCUGCGCGACAUGUCUCAGGAGUCUGCGAUGGAGCAUUACGAGCUGGCACUGCAGGCUCGCGACGUGAUCAUCGGCAUCGGUCUAGACUCCAACGAGUAUCGACGGCCACCGUCUCUGUUCGAGGCUGUCUUCACCCGCGCUCGAGCACACGAGCACAUCCGCCAUGUCGUCAGCCGCGUCGGCGGUACUGGAGCAGAGCGCCUAGACCACGGGCUCAACGACGCCGAGAAGACUGAACUGGUCGACCUGAUCCACGACAAGGGAAUCGGCAUGACCGUCUGUCCGUGGGCCUACGUCAGGCACGAGCCGCUGGACGAGAUCUUCCCGCGCAUCCGCACCUUGUACGACGCCGGGAUCAAGGUCGCGAUCAACAGUGAUGAUCCGGCGUACAUGGACGACUCGUGGAUCACACACAAUUUGCUCGUGACGAAGAGGAUGUGCCAGUUCGGCGACGGCGAUGGUGUGCUUGACACGACAUGCCAUUGA